AUGAGGUCGGCCUAUCAAACCCUUUUCGUCACCGUCGCGGGCCUUUUGUGUCACCUUCAAAGAAUAUACCCUAUAGGUGCCGCCGGAGAUGCUUGGCUCAAUUGUUAUCAACCCAAUUCCGUGUCUUUUUGUUUCGUACUCGGAGUUUCCGUUUUGUUAUCGUCCACGGAAUUAUGGCCCACGUCGCUUAGAAAACCGCCUCAAGUCAUUUUGUUCAUUUACCUCCUAUUGGUAACUGCGUUCACCGUGAGCAUAACUCUAAGAACUGUUUGGUUGCCUCUCACCGUUUCCGUCGCCAAGGGGAAUAUUUGGCUGGCGAAAAAAAUAAGGCAAAUCAAAGCGUUUAAAAAAAUCGGUUUGAUGGAUUUGUCAAAUUUUCUGGAAUCUCCGAAACUUCACACGGCGGAAUUGGGAAUCAUGGCGAUUAUUUUUCUACAUCACGCGUUCAGAAUAUCCGGACUGUAUCGGGAAUUGGCUAAAAUGGCUUUUUUAAUGACCAUCGAUUUUCCAUUGAGAAAAACUCACGCGGUGAAAAAACAAGAGCAGUACUUUUACUGA